GCGCUAAACUGAAGUGUUUUCUUUGCUGGUUGCGGGGGCAACGAGGCGUGGCUCUGGCUCCUUGAUUUAAGGAGAUACCUCUGCUUUCUCAGUACAGACUGCCGGUCGCUGCAUGGCAACAGGCGCGAGGGAUUCCCCCGUACGUCGCCUUUCUGUCUUCCCGUUUAUAACCUCUGUAGCGUUAAAGCCCAGGCUGUUUGACGCGCCCGUCAGCGGCAGCAUGUACCGGAAUACAGAAUAACGCGCGAGGCGGAGCAGAAACUUUAAACGCGGGGAUAUUUGACCAAAAAAAGCCAGUGCAGUGACACCGAAGAGGACAGAUUUCCAUUGAUGAGGCAGCCUCCAAAUGACGUCGAGAUGGCUUUAGGUGGGACGCUUCUGCCAUCCAUAUCCACUUUUGCCAGCGGCCCCACAGUCAAGAGUAAAUCCAUAGGAAGUGCCAAUUUAAGAUGGAAGGAGGAGCUGUCCCAUCUUAAGAGACCCAGCGUGCCAACCGGAAGCAGCUCCCCUGACCCUGACCAUCCCACCGCCACCAGCACAAGCCCCAGCAUGUCCAAGAAACACCCGGAGCCUGACCUAGACUUGGACUAUGACUUUAUCCUAUCGAACUCUAUUCUGCAGCAGCAACAGCAGCAGCAGCAGCAGCAGCAAGAGGAGGCCAUGGCAUGCAGCUCUGCCCAGGCCUUGUCUCCUUCCUCGGGCUCCUUCUCCUCAUCUUACCCCCUUCCUUCUCCUCAGGGUGCCCCCAAUGAGCUCCUCUACACCAUCCCUGAUAUCAGUGAUGUUUCACCCUCUGGAGGCUUCGUGGCAGAGCUCAUGAGACCAGAACUGGACCCUGCUUACCUCCAUCCCACCAGCCUGCAUGGCAAAUUUGUGGUUAAGACGACGAUGGACAUGGGGGAGUACAGUCAAGGCGUGAACGUGAGCAAAGCCUGUGUUAAUUCCCCAACGGAGUCUGCUCCGUCCCGUGCCUCUCCGUCCUUUACAUGCCACAGGAUAAAGCAGGAGAAUCCGAGCAACUGCACCAUCUCCCAGCCCAUGGACCUACACCUGGCAGGGGUAAACUCCCAAGGCAGAGGGAGUGCUCAACAGCGCCCGAGCCAUUUAGACCUGCACGGGUUCCCCGGCGGACAGAGAUCCAUGACGGGAGGCAGGUUAUCCUCGUCCUCUUCCCUCUCCCCGGAUCAUCCUAUGAGCCGGGAGCACCAGGUGCUGGGGCAUCCCCACGCUCAGAUCACGCUACCUCCCCAGGGAUACCACCAUAGCUCGCCGCAGGGAUAUGCCUCGUACCCUCAGCCGUCCUCAAUGCAGUACCAAGAGCCCCUCAUGAUCUCCGGUGGGGACGGUUUAACGGAGGAAACAAAGCCCAAACGUGGUAGGCGCUCCUGGCCGAGGAAGAGAGUUGCCACACACACGUGUGACUAUGUCGGCUGUGGGAAAACGUACACAAAGAGCUCACACCUCAAAGCUCACCACCGCACGCACACAGGGGAGAAGCCUUACCACUGUGACUGGGAGGGCUGCGGUUGGAAGUUUGCACGUUCGGACGAGCUCACACGCCACUACAGGAAACACACCGGCCACCGGCCUUUUCAGUGUCAGAAAUGUGACCGGGCCUUCUCAAGGUCGGACCACCUCGCUCUCCAUAUGAAGAGACACUUAUGAGACUUGGCCAUGGCAUGAAGGCUCCAGGAAACAAAAAAGUAUAUGUUAGAAGAACCUUGAACGAACUUUUAAACUUUUUUUAAAAACCAUAAUUUGCCUUCAAGCCGUUGUCAAGAAAACAAGACGAGCUGUGGCGUUCACAGCCAAAAAGAAAAAGAGCCUCCGGACUGAUCCCCGUCUUCGCACAUCAUGUAGGCGACUUGACGAGACCUCUCAGUCAGGGUUGUAAACUUUUAUGAAAGGGACCAAACUGGAAUUUGUCUUAUUUAACCGACAAAACUUGGAGGACCAGGUGCCAAGAGCUUUUAACUGGAAAUGUAUUUUUUGUCAGGGAAACCAGGAGCAACAGACAAACAUCUCCAGAGGCCUUCUACCAGCAACACGCCAACAAAGGCUCUGUUAACAACCACACACUGUUCAAAAUACUGUAUUAAUAAAUACAUCUAUAUUUAUACACACAUUUCACCUGCCAUUAAUUUCAGGUACAAUGUUAACUUAUACAGAAUGGUGCUCAGUGACUCUGAAGAAGGUUUUUCUUAAAGAAAGGUACCAAAGAUUAAGGAAAAUAUACAAAGAAAAGAAAACUAUGAAAGUGCCAUAUGGUUGUUGUGUUUCCUAGAAACCUCUCUUCCACAAUCUGACGUAAAUCAGGUGAACACUUCACUUAAAAAUGGUGAUGGCAAUCUUCAAUGCACUGCGGUCGCAAAGUGCAAUAAUUUAUAUGAGACAUUCAUAUUUUUGUAUUGAAUAAGUGAACUCUGAACAAAGAUGUUUGUUUAUAGCCAAAAUAUGUAAUAUAAUCUUAAAUUUUGUACAUUUGUAAAUAAAAUUUUCUCUGUUUUGUA